UUGUACCUUGGGCACCUAGAGACACCAUCCUCAGGGGUUUGGACUACGUGGACUCAUGGUUUCCAUGUGCGUACAUUGAACUCGAAGGUCAUUUCUGAGGGGACAUGGGGAUCGGUAACGAGAAUAGGUUUCAGUCUUUCUGGACGUCUCCCCGAGGAAGGUCUCGCAUCGACAACGCCUCAUCCUUCCGGGAUUUUGUCGGUUCCUUGGAUUGUUCGCUAGGACCCAGCAUACAAGGAUGUUGUUCCUCCUGUUCCUCCUGCCAAUGGUAGCAGGGAUGAUCCGUGAGAUCAAGCAGGAGAGUUUCGUUCUGCGCCUGGAGAACCUGACCUUGAAAUCAGUGGAGCGCCUGGAAACAAAUAUUGACAUGCUGGACAUUUCGAACCAAGGCCUGACGUCCCUCGCCGAAGACGCCUUUAAGGAUCUGUAUGACAUAAAAAUACUGAAUCUAGAGAAAAACCAGUUAACCUUACUGCCCGAGGGAGUGUUUUCUAAGUUAAAGACCCUAGAGAGUCUUUACCUAAAUGAGAACAAUCUCACUAAUACAAACCACGCUCUCUCUGGUUUAACGAACUUGAAGAUCCUGAACAUCUCCAGCAACCCUCUGGGCAUCAUCAGCGAUUCAGAGUUGUACGACCUUUCAAGGUCAGCCGAAAUCCUGACGAGAAAUAACAAUCUCUGGGCGUUCAGCACCCGGGUCUUCGACCCCCCUAGCAAUCGCGACGAUCAUCAAACACUGAAGGAGCCUCAAGGUGACCCCAAAGAGGACCCAGAAGAGGCUGAAAAUAAGAGAUGGACUCAGUAUGCUCAAGAGUACGAUCUCGACGGGGAAAUCGAUGCGGCUAUUCCGAUAAGGAAGAUCAAGAUCUGCCAAGAAGAGGGCCACCUCAAACUCGUUAAGUUAGCCGACGAAGAGGAUAAACUGGAGCCCGGGUGCUCUACCUUCGAGAUGAAUGUCAGGAGACCUGGGAUAUUCCUGAACCUCCGUUCUAAAGGCAUUUGCACGUUCGCUAAAGGCUGGUACCAGCUUCAGGACCUGCCGAUCUACAACGUCGACCUGACUGGAAACGAGAUUGAGGAAAUCAGCCCAGAGCUACUCAAUGAUCUACCUCCCAGGGUCCGGUCAGUGACCAUUAACAAGAACCGGCUUCGCUCCCUCAAAAACAACGUUAUUGCUAAUGAGGACCUCCUCUAUCUUCAGUUAGAAGAUAAUAGAAUAGAGGAAAUACAGAGCUUCGCUUUCAACGCCACAAAUCUCCUAGUAUUGUAUUUGAGGGGGAACAACCUGAAAGAUCUGGACUUUGUACGAACUCUCCCAAACACUCUACAAGAUUUGGACGUGUCCAAUAACCAGAUUGAGGAAAUCCCGAUCGAGGUCUUUUACCACACCCGGAAUUUGACCAACUUGGUUCUGAAAGGAAACAAAAUCUCCGAGGUGGCACCCGAUGCUUUCAUGUACCUAGAAUCCCUGGGACAACUAUAUCUGCAGGAUAACAACAUCGUCCAUUUAGGGCCGGGAGCAUUUAGGAAUUUGAAAAGUCUUCUCAUGCUGGUCCUAAGGAACAACAAGAUCAAGGACAUCCCAAACGGCUGCUUUAAUGGCCUCGAAUCCCUGGAAAUCUUACACUUGGCCAACAACAGCUUAACGAGAAUUACCGCGGACACUUUCCAUGGACUACCACCUAGCGUGAUGGGCUUGUCUUUGGCCAACAAUCAAAUAGAAAAUCUAGAGAUGAAUAGUUUUGUGAAUUUACCAAAGGAUCGGCUCUCUCUGGAAGGUAACAAAAUCUCCGUGAUAACUCCUGGAGCCUUCAACAUUCCUGACCUCAAAGAACUAUACUUGAAGAAGAACACUAUCGAGCGCAUCGACCCUAAAGUUUUCGAGACGUUACCCGGCCUGCGACAACUCGAUCNGGAUUAUUAA